ACUAUCAUCGCUCCAAAUUACCGGGGCUAUUUUCAACAAUUGACCAUAAAUACUAAUCCUUCUUUUCUUCCAUUCCUCCAUACCACACAAGCAGUGAAAUCAUCGACUGAAAAUCAGAAAGAAGAGAAGAUGUUCACAGUAGAAAAACGAGGCAAUCUCUACAUCUUAACCUUAACAGGCAACAACGAACAUCGUCUAAACCCAACUUUAAUCAGCUCAAUCCGAUCAUCUCUUUCGCAAAUCAAAUCCCAAUCCCUCGCAUCCAAAACCCCUUCCGCCCUAAUCACCACCGCUGACGGCAAAUUCUUCUCCAAUGGCUACGACAUAGCCUGGGUAAACUCCUCUUCAAACCCUAAACUCGCCGAAAAAAUCAUGGAUUCUCAAUUACAAGCCUUAAUUGCUGAACUAAUCUCAUUUCCAAUGCCGACAAUCGCCGCCAUUAAUGGGCACGCUUCAGCAGCUGGGUUUAUCCUAGCAAUGGCGCAUGAUUUUGUAUUGAUGAGGAAAGAAAGAGGGUAUUUGUAUAUGAGUGAGGUAAAUAUUGGGUUGGUGAUUCCGCCAUGGUUUGUUGCUGUGAUGAAGUGUAAGAUUGGAGGAGGGUGGGAAGGGAUGAGGAAGGUGGCGUUAAUGGCGGAGAAGGUGACGGCGGAGAGAGGGAAGAGAGAGAUUGGGGUUGUGGAUGAAGUGUUCGAAGGAGCGGCGGCGACAGUGGAAGGGGCGGUUAAGUUGGGGGAGGAGUUGGUUAAGAGGGGUUGGGAUGGGGUUGUUUAUGGUGAAAAUAGGAAGGUUUUGUUGAAAGAAGUUUUGGAUUUAAUUGGUAAUAAUCAAGGUUUGGGUUUGAAUUAUGAUGAUCUUGUGAUUAAGUUUAAGCCUCGUCUUAAAAGAGGAAGUCUGGGUUUAUCUCCUAAGAAUAUGAGCAUAAUGUUUUUGUGAUUAUAUCAACAAUAAUGUUGUUAAUUUACUUACAGUUUUGUUCCUUGGCCAAGGAGACUAGAAGAAAAAUUGUACUUCCUCCGUUCUAUUAAUAUUGUAACAAUGGACUUUUUGUACUAUUCAUUACUCUUGUUUGACCAUAUAAUAUAGAUUUAUGCGUUAAACAAAA